UCGAUCUAAGAUGGCGACGGUGGAACCGGAAACCACUCCCAACCCUCAGCCUUCAGAAGAGGAAAAAACCGAGCCAGCACCUAGUCAGGAGGUUGCCAGCCCUGAGCAAUAUAUUAAGCAUCCACUACAAAACAGAUGGGCACUCUGGUUUUUUAAAAAUGACAAGAGCAAAACUUGGCAAGCAAAUCUUCGUCUUAUCUCAAAGUUUGAUACUGUUGAAGAUUUUUGGGCUUUAUACAACCAUAUCCAGCUCUCUAGUAAUUUAAUGCCUGGGUGUGACUACUCGCUCUUUAAGGAUGGGAUUGAGCCCAUGUGGGAAGAUGAGAAAAACAAGCGAGGAGGACGAUGGUUAAUUACACUAAACAAACAGCAGAGACGAAGUGACCUCGAUCGCUUCUGGCUAGAGACACUGCUGUGCCUUAUUGGGGAGUCGUUCGAUGACUACAGUGAUGAUGUAUGUGGUGCUGUUGUUAAUGUUAGAACUAAGGGUGAUAAAAUAGCAAUAUGGACAACUGAAUGUGAAAACAGGGAUGCUGUUACGCAUAUAGGGAGAGUAUACAAGGAAAGAUUAGGACUUCCUCCAAAGAUAGUGAUUGGUUAUCAGUCCCACGCAGACACAGCUACUAAGAGCGGCUCCACCACUAAAAAUAGGUUUGUUGUUUAAGAAGACACCUUCUGAGUAUUCUUUCUUAGGAGACUGCGUCGAGCAAUCGAGAUUUGGGAGCUGAACCAAAGCCUCUUCAAAAGCAGAGUGGACUACAUUUAAAUUUGAUUUCCAUCUAAGCGUUGCUAAGAUUUGUGAGAAGUCUUAUUCGCCUUUGUCUUGUACUUCCGUGUUCAAUUUUUUUUUUUCUAUUUUGGCUGAAGUAACCAUUACCAAUCAGAACUUUAGUACAGUUCACCCUAUGAAUCCAUAAAUGCUUUUCUGGCCCACUCUGUAAUAGCUUGAUAGAAACAUUUACUAUUAAGAGGAGAAAAAAAAUAAAUUGUUUGUCCACAGUAUUCAGAAAAGUUCCAUUUCUGUACUUGCAGGAAAUUGCUCUGUUUUACAUUUGCAUUGUAUGCAGUAACAUUUUGCUGGUUUGGAAAUGAGUAUGGUGCAUACAGUUUUCUAGCAAUUUUUUUAUACAGCAUCAUCUUUGCUGUAAACCUAUGCUGGUGGCUGCUAGAUUAAUUUAUUUGUUUUCCCUAUUU